UAUCAUCAACCACAGAGAAAAAAAUAUACAGUCAAGAAAAUUUCCACAAAGAAAAAACAAAGCAAUUUAUUACUGAUAGAAGCAAACAAAAAAUGGCGAAAACAAGAGUUAGCUUUAUGAGUUUUCUUGUUUUAGCAAUGGUUGUCGUUUUAUUUCCAUCCCAAAUUAAGGCACUAAUGCCAUACACACGCCCCUUUUGGGACAUAGCAUUUCCUCCCGAAGAUCCUUUCAGAAUUCUUGAACAAACCCCAUUGACUAUCCCAAAAGGGGUUGAAUCAAUCGCUUUAACUCGAUCAGAUUGGAAGGAAACAGCAACAGAGCAUGUAAUUACACUUGACAUUCCAGGGAUGAAGAAGGAAGACGUUAAAAUUGAGGUGGAAGAAAACAGAGUGUUGAGAGUCAGUGGAGAAAGGAAAACAGAGGAAGAAAUUGAAGGGGAGAAAUGGCACAGAGCUGAAAGAACUUGUGGGAAAUUCUGGAGACAGUUUAGAUUACCUGGAAAUGCUGAUUUGGAACACAUUAAGGCACAUUUGGAAAAUGGUGUUCUGAAAAUUACUGUACCAAAAUUGGCUGAAGAGAAGAAGAAACAGAGUAAGGUGAUUAGUAUUGCAGAAGCUGUUGGUGGUGAGGAUAUUAAAGCUAAUAAAGCUGAGAUGUAAAAUUUAACAAUUUUCUAGUUUGGUUUGUUCAUUGUCCUUUUUUUUUGGUGUGUGUGUGUGUGUAAUAAAGUUGUUGAAUAUGUAACUAAGCUUAUGAUUUUUGGUUAUUAGUAUUAUGAAUCUCCUUGUGAUGAAAAUUAUUUAAGAAUAAAGACUUCUUCUGUGUAAUCUGCAAAUAAAGUCCAAAAUUUAUUACUAA